AUGGCAGCAAGAGCACUUGCAGGAAUUCUUUGGUCACCAAACCUCAAGGAAGCAGUAAAUGGAAAAGCGUUCAAUCUUUCCACUUUGGGUGUCAUCAGCAGCAGUCAACAAUAUCGACAAUAUUCCACUGACAAAGUCUACGAAAUACGCACGUACAGUUUAUACCCCAAAGACAUGAAGGAGUUCAUGGCUAUUUCUGAAGAAAAAUUACACAUAAGACUGAAAGCUUCCAAGUUGAUUGGAUUUUGGACAUCUGAAAUAGGGGGGAUGAACCAGGCGUUUCACAUCUGGGAAUACGACAGUUUAAAGCACCGUGCCCAAGUGCGCGCCUCCCUCGCCAGCAAACCCGAGUGGCUGUCUCAGUAUAUCAACCGAGUCAUUUCCAUGUGGUGGAAACAGGACAACCUGCUCACCAGGGCCAUUGCAGGACCAGAUGGAGAUUUGAAUCAGGAUAAAAGCAACAUCUAUUUCCUGCAGAGGUAUAACCAUAAUAAGUCCAGUAUGUUAACUCUGACUACUGAGCUGCAGAGUUUGCAGGCUGGGACAAAUAUCAAGCUGGUCGGGGGCUGGUCAAGUAUUCUUGGACCAAAAGAUAAUGCAUAUCUAAUGUGGCAGUGUAAAGACCCUGACGAUUUUCUGGUGUGGCAAGAAAAAUUGAGUGACAAAGUAAAAACUGUCCCAGAGCAUUCUCAGUUGCUGUUUCCAUGCCCGUGGUCACCUUUGAUGUAA